AUGAGUAAUAUCUACAACCAUAGACCUAUGUUACCAGCUGGUCAAAACAGCAGUAGCAAUACUAGUCGCUUUGCUGAAAUGUUGGAGCAAUUAAAGUCCGAGUAUGACCAACUUCACCAAGAAGCCGUUGUGUAUAAAAUGCAAAAAGACGACCUCGAACACAAAGUCCAACAACAAACCGAAGAAGUCAAUCUCAUUCGACAAGGUUUAUACGAUUUACAAGCAAAUCAAGCAAAGAUAAAACAACAGUACGAGCAAGACAUCAUGCGUCUCCAACGUGAGCUAGAGCAACAACGCCUGCAUGCACAUUCCUCGGGUCACCCUCAACCAUCCUCUCAUCCGCCACCGGUCCCACCUCCAACAAUCGGGCAAAGUGGUUCUACCCUUUUCAAUGGCAUCAUGAACGGUAGUGGUCCUGGAUUAGUUGCGCCGGCACAAAUGUCGCUCGACCCUUCACAACAACAACCAGGCCAGCCUGGUCAUGGAUAUCAUGGCCCCCCUCAGAACGUCCCUCCAGCUGGAAGUAGUUCUGCCCCCAGUCCAUAUAUGAAUGGAAGUGGUGGACCCCCUGGACAGCUUCAACAACAAAGUCAACAUUCUACAAAACGACCCCGGAUGGAAGACAUGCCUCCCGGUACGCCUCAAGUUGGUAUGCCUCUCGGACAGCCUCCCUCUCAAAUGUAUUCAAACAAUGGCCUACCGCCCAAUCAAUUAUCUCAGACUAAUCAAUCUAUGGGGGGACAGCCAGGUGGAUACAUGUCCGCAGUUAACCAAAAUCCGAAGCCGGGAAGUAAAAUGCCUAAAGUUACUCCAACUCUUGGUCCCGACGCAUCUUCAUCAGUAAUGCCUCCGAAUGGUGCUCCUGGUUCUGUUCAACAACCAAAACGUCCCAAACCCAAUGUGACUGCUCCUCCACCAGGGACACGCCCAGCUAGCAAACCAUCAGUUACUGCUUCGUCGUCGUUUGGUGAUAUGGAUUUGGAUAAUAUUCCUCCUGGAUUCAAAAAAGAAGGAACAGAUUGGUUUGCAUUGUUCAAUCCAAGAGUACCACGUGUAUUGGACGUCGACUUGGUCCAUACUUUGGAACAUACUAGUGUCGUCUGCUGCGUGAAAUUUAGUGCUGAUGGUCGACAUCUUGCUACAGGGUGUAAUCGUAGUGCACAGAUUUAUGAUGUCACGAGCGGACACAAGAUAGCUGAGCUUCUCGAUGAAUCAGUUGAAAAAAGCGGUGACUUGUACAUCCGUAGCGUGUGUUUCAGUCCAGACGGCAAAUUACUAGCCACUGGCGCAGAAGAUAAACAAAUCAGGAUUUGGGAUAUCAAUAGUCAUGCGAUCAAACUUAUGUUCACCGGACACGAACAAGACAUAUAUUCAUUAGACUUUUCCAGAGAUGGUGAAUUGAUAGUGUCCGGCUCCGGCGAUAAGACUGCUAGGAUAUGGAAUAUGGUUACAGGAGAAAAUAUUUUCAAAUUGCCAGUUGAAGAGGCCAGCCAGAAGGAUGCGGGAGUUACAAGUGUAGCUAUCAGUCCUGACAAGCGAUACGUAGCCGCUGGUUCGUUGGAUAAGAUUGUAAGAGUGUGGGAUACACGAACAGGAACUCUAUUAGAGAAACUCGAAGGGCACAAGGAUAGUGUGUACUCUGUUGCAUUCGCUCCUGAUGGCAACACACUAGUAUCUGGUAGUUUAGAUAAAACUUUGAAGUUAUGGGACAUGACAUCUCUGUCAAGGCAUCAGCCGUCUGGAGCCAAGCACAACAAGAUGACGUUCAGCGGACACAAGGAUUUCGUGCUGUCAGUUGCAGUAUCCCCGGAUGCUCGUUGGAUUGUGUCGGGGUCAAAAGACCGCGGAGUACAAUUCUGGGAUCCGAACAGUGGACAACAGCAGUUUAUGUUACAGGGUCAUAAAAAUUCGGUAAUCUCUGUAGCAUUAAGUCCGAUGGGUAAUAAAUAUUUUGCUACUGGAUCAGGUGAUCUUCGAGCAAGAGUGUGGCGAUAUUCAGAGGACAUGUAA